GCUGAUCAGAGGGAAAUGCAAGUGCCGGGCACUGAUGAUCAGUGCCCUGAUGAUCGGUGCCCAGCAGUGCCACGCGCAAGUUCCGCCCACCUGUGCCCAGCAGUGCGCCCACUAGCUCCGCCCACCUGUGCCCAGCAGAUCACCCACCUGUGCCCAGCAGUGCACCCACCUGUGCCACUCUGCAGUGUCACACACCUCUGCCCAGAAAUGCCACCUACCUGUGCCCAGCAGUGCCACCCACCUGUGCCCACCCACCUGUGCCCACCAGUGCCACCCACCUGUGCCCACCCACCAGUGCCACCCACCAGUGCAGCCCAGCAGUGCUGCCAGUCAGUGCCACCAGUGAGUGCCCAGCGGUUGUGCCAGUCAUUGCUGCCAGUCAGUGCCCAGCAGUGAUGCCAGUCAGUGCCGUCUAUCAGUACCCAUCAUCAGUGUCACCUAUCAGUGCCGCCUAUCAGUGC